AUGCCUCCCCACGAAGCCUACCACGCAAGACUUUCUCCCCGUUCCGCCGAAAGUGAUCGUUCGCGCGUUAGUUACCUGGCGCCCUUCGCAGUCGGGACAAGCGUCGCCCUCUUCUUGGCCUUCUUGAUCACCAUUGCGCUCUGGCGCAGGGAUGUUUUCAAGGCCAGGUCGGAAAACAGGGAGAUGCUCAAAUCGCUCACCUUGACCAAGCAGCAGCUCGCGGAGGCGAUCGAACUACACGAAAAGCAGAGCAGGUACAUCCGGCAGCUGCACAAUAUCAGUUCGCGAUACGUCGUCGAGCACGGACCGCUCCCGCUAGCCGUGUUGGAGCAGGUUGCGGCGGAGGUCGGGCAAGUGCCGGAGGGCAACCCGUCACCCGAGAACGGGGACGAGUUCGUCGUCAGUGAUGACGAGGAAUGGGAGAACGAGACACGGGCCCGGGAGUCGCUCGUCUCGGACGAUAGCAGGGUCGAGACGGACCCGGCUGCGCCGAGGAUCGCGACGAUCGGCGUUAUGCGCACCGCUGCCUGGCUGCAAGGUCCGGAGCCGGAACGGCUGCAUGAGCUUCCGAAAGCACCGUGA